AUGUCGCGCUUCAGCGAGGUCGCGCUCUUGCGCUACAUGACGAAGCUGUACGCUCCCUUCAGCGAGCAGCAUGCCUGGUCUUAUAUCCGCCAGCACAUGAACGACCCUAUGAGCCGCGCUUGCUUGAUCUCCCGCGCCAUGAUCGACCUUUUGGUCAACCGCAUCUUCGCGUUCGAGGCCUGGGAGGGAUUUUCGGUCGAUGCUGAUCGUCAGCUGCGUGAGAUUCGCCACGAGAUGAACAACCUCCUUGGUAAGUCGGCUUCUCCUUCAGUGCCAUUUGGCUCGAAUACGUUGCUUACUCGUCCCACUUGCUCAGCCGGUCAAGGCGGUGCGCUUCAGGUCUGUAUCGACCGCGUCGCGGCCAUUGUCAACUCGUGCAUCAACCACGAGCGCUACGACGCCUACCGCAACCACCGCAUCGAGUACUUCCAGGCCGAGCUCCGCGAGAUGCUCUCGCCCUUGCUCAUCUCCGAGUCCUCCGGCGGCCCCAACCUGGAGGAGGCCGAUGAGGCCCUCCACCAGAUGUGCGAGAAGGCCUGGUCCAUCUCGGCCAAGAUGUUCACCUCGCGCUGGACCUUUGAGUUCCGCUUUCCGGGCACCGGAGCGCGCUUCAACACCCAAACCAUGGUCGGAAUCGCGCCCAAUAUCGGUCCUCAGCUUCUCCAGGCCGAGCACUGGCGAGUUCAGCUGGUUGUUACCCCCGUCAUUACCGUGCGCAACGACACGGGCUCCUCGAUCUCGGUGGCUUCCAUUACCAACGCCCAUGUCAUCUGCAUGAAGUAG